AUGGCAUGUCCAGGGACACUAUGCUCCAAGACCUACAAGAAAGCCUCCCAGCUGUACUUGACGCGCCGCCUGCCAGAGUCCCUCUCCUCACUCCAGCCAAUUAUCACCGGUGAAUCACCACAGGAUGAACAAUACACCAAUGGCGAUUAUGCGGCCGGUGUCGCCCCGAUCGCAAUUGCCCCCAGCACGUGGAGAAUCAAGGUGUGGAACCUCUACAUCACUCUGCUCAGCGCAAUAGUCGAUCUUGGCGCAGAGGAGGGCAAGAACCAAUUCGGUCAGAAAGAAUGGAAGAAUAUGGCCACGCAAGUGCGUGAAGGUGGUAUCUGGGAUACCGUCGUACAAAUUGGCUAUCAGGGCCGCGAAGGCUCCGUGGAUGCGGAGGUCGUCUAUAACCUUGCUACACUACUCCUCAACCACUCAUCCUCUCAAGCUUUGAACCAGCAACGGCUCGAGACUUACCUCUCCGCAUACGGACAGCCCAGCGACCUCGCCGACCGUCUCCAAGAUGUUUCCGACGGGUUUCAGCAACAGCGCAUGGCCGCAUCAAGCGGAGCCGAUACACCGAAGGACCUUGCUGCUCGGGUAAGGAUCAUUGAGUUGUUCACCUUGCAUGUUCUCCCUCGAAAUGAAGAGUGGGAAUACGCGACCGAGUUCAUCAACCUGAGCGAAGUCCUAGACGAAGAGCGCAAAGAGCUCUUCCUCCAAACAUUAGAGGGACUCAAGGAAGAGAAAGAACGAGGUGAGCUCCGCGCAGCCGAAUUACAACGCCAGAAAGAUGCCGAGCUGGAUAGGCAACGAGAAGAGGAGCGCCGACUAGCAGAGGAGGCUGCCGCCGCCGCACAUCCGAAAGCGAACGGGCACAAGCGGAAUACUAGCGAGGUUGACUACGGGAUUGAGAAGGGUAGCCCUCGCAGCUCCUCCAAGGGCAAGGGGCCAGCCAAAUCAUCAGACAAGUCGCCGAAUGGCAAGUCCUCGACCCGAACGGCGCUUUCAUCUUCCAGCUCGAAGAAUUCCAAGAAACAGCUCAAGCCUGAACCCCGUAGCCAGUCGCGGGCGGUGGCCAAUGCUAUUCGAAAUCUGUUCAAGCAUAUUAUCCAGAGCGUGUCCGGGAACCCGAUGUCAAUAGUGCGAACCUUACUUUUCGUGCUGGGUAUCUUGAUGGCGAUGAGCCGACAGGAUGUACGCGACCGAGUCCGCAGGAUUACGGGCGGCGCGUGGCAGAAAGUCAAAGGCACUGUUGGGAUGGGCGUGAAGGUGAGCUAUAUCUGA